AGAUCAACAAAAUAUCCAGAAAUUGAACAAUCAUUAGCACUCUGGAUUGAUCAGGCAGCAAGUGAUAAUUGUACUUUAUCUGGGCAUAUUGUUAUUUCAAAAGCUAAAGUUUUUGCCCAACAUUUUCAGAUAAAUGACUUCAAAGGAUCAAAUGGGUGGUUUGAUAGAUUUAAAAGACAAUACAAUAUUUCUGAACAUGUUCGUUGUGGUGAGGCAAAUUCCGCAUCUUUGGAAGAAUUAAUUGAUGCAUAUGACAAUAAGAUUAAUCAACAAAUACCUGUACCAAAACUUACAAUAUUUGAUGCUAUUUCUUUUACUGCAGAAGCAUGGAACCUUGUUUCACCUAGUACAAUUGUUUCAUGCUGGUCUAAAGUUGAUAUCCUUCCUUCUUCGGAAAAUAUUGAAGAUUAUUUAAUUUUACCAUCUGAUGAUGAUACAGAUUCAAUCCAAGAAAUGAUUGGUUGUUUUAAUUUUGAUGAUCCAUUAUCUGCUAAUGACUACAUAGAAAUAGAUUUGAGAUUGCAAAAUCAGGAUAAAUUAGCUGAUCAAGAAAUCAUUGAACUAGUUAAAGGGAAGGAAGCGAUUGAAGAAGAAGAAGAUAACCAAUUUCAAGUUUCUGAAGAUAAAAUAACUAUGGACCAGGCUAUGGAAUCGAUUGAAAGGCUCCAAUUUUUUCUAAUGCAAGAAGAAAGAGGAAUGGGUAUUAGUGAGAGUUUCCUGCGUGAAUUAAACAAAUUUAAAAGAGAAUUAAAGAAAGAAAUUUUUGUGUCAAUGGCUCAAACAGAAAUUGAUACAUAUUUUAGUUAA